GUAGGAAUGGCUGUGAUGCGGUUGGUAACAAUGGGAAUCAGAAAUUAGCAACAUCUGGGCAGUUUGUGCACAUUAAAACCCGACUGUCGGGACGGACCCGAAGCCGCUUCAGCGCUGCUGACUGAAGUACUGACCCAGGGACCCAGGGGUGGCACUAUGGGCUCGCUGAGCAGACAGGAGUUUUUCCAGGAGCUGGCCGAGGGCUGCCUCCUCCCCACAGCGCAGCAGGGGGUGGAGCAGGUGUGGCAGCUGCUGGUGAUCUGCCUGGGUUGCCGGCUUCUCUGGAGACUCGGACUCCCGUCCUACGUGAAGCACCUGAGCACGGUGUGCGGAGGCUUUUACUCGCUCUACCUGUUCUUCGAGCUGCACAUGGUGUGGGUGGUCCUGCUGAGCCUCCUCUGCUACCUCAUCCUCUUCCUGUGCCGACACUCCCAGAACCGAGGCACCUUCCUCUCUGUGACCAUCCUCAUCUACCUGCUGAUGGGAGAGCUGCAUAUGAUGGACACUGCCACGUGGCAUAAAAUGAGAGGCUCACAGAUGGUGGUAGCCAUGAAGGCCAUCUCUCUGGCCUUCGACCUGGACAGGGGGGUCGUUCCGGCCGUGCCGUCCCCCGUGGAGUUCAUGGGCUACAUCUACUUUGUGGGCACGGUCAUCUUCGGCCCUUGGAUCAGCUUCAACAGCUACAAAGAUGCCAUCGAGAGCCAAAAGCUGAGUUUCUCCUGGUUCCUGAAGGUGGGCCUGAGCUGGGUGAAGUGCCAGGUGUGUCUGCUCGUCUCCAACUGCAUCGCGCCCUACCUCUUCCCCUACAUCAUCCCCAUUUAUGGCGACCGGACGCUACGCAAGUGGCUCCAUGCCUACGAGAACGCCCUGUCCUUCCACUUCAGUAACUACUUUGUCAGCUACCUGAGCGAGACCACCACCACGCUCGCUGGAGCAGGCUUCACCAACGAAAAGGACAACGUCAAGUGGGAUAUGACUGUUGCCCGGCCGCUGAACGUGGAGCUUCCCAGGUCUAUGGUGGAGGUUGUGACCUCUUGGAACCUGCCCAUGUCCCGCUGGCUCAACACCUACGUUUUCAAAAGCGCACUGAAACUCGGCACGUUCCCCGCCAUCCUGGUGACGUACACGGCCAGCGCCCUGCUGCACGGUCUCAGUUUCCACCUGGGAGCGGUCCUUCUGUCCCUGGGCUUCAUCACCUAUGUGGAGCACGUUCUCAGAAAACGACUAUCUGCAAUCUUCAGUGCCUGUAUCCUGUCCAAGAAGUGUUCAACUGACUGCACUCACCAGCACAAGAAGAGCCUUUGGGUGUACGGGAUCAACCUGCUGUUCAGCGGCCUAGCCAUCUUCCACCUGGCCUACCUGGGUUCACUCUUUGACAAUGAUUCCAUGGAGGAGGAUGAGGGCUACGUGGCCAAUCACACCAUUCAGAAGUGGACCGAGCUGAGCUGGGCCAGCCACUGGGUGACCUUCGGCUGCUGGGUGUUCUACCGCCUCAUUCGCUGAGCACAAGGAGAUGAAGGGGGAGCAACUCAAUCUAGCUGGUUUGAAAAGGAGCUUAGGGGCGGGGCCAUUGUUGGGACAAGGCAGAGGCUGACUCCCAAGAGUUCCCCAAACACCGUGGACUGAAGUCCAUUACCAUCACAGUUUUAGGAUUUCUCCUCUUUCAGUGCUCAGGAUAGCCCCUGAGCCUGGGUACUCCAUAUCCUCCAACCAACUUUAACCAAUUCAGUGGCCAUUUUAGUUUCCUAAAUUCACUUUUCCUAGAGCUGGUCGCUGUCCUUGGGUUCACUCGUUCACCCCCAUGCCCUCGUUCACGGCUCCUUGGCUAGAACCUUCCUUGUGGUAAGAUGCAGUAUGAGAACCAGAGGACCUCCUGAAGACCCCAAAUGACAGCCCUUUUCCAAAAUGAACACCUUGUCAAAUAGUUUCACAAGUUUCUGCAAAGCAAAUAUUUUGUUCACUUGGCCAGCACAAAUGAGGAGUGGAGUUUAGCGGAAGGACACAUUUAAUGGGACACAUUCACAGCACAGGAAACAAAUGUACAAUACAGCCCCUCCACACCUUAUUUUGUUCUCCAUUUGAUGACUUGGAGACACAGUUGCCCUUUGGCGGUGGUUCCCUUACCUAGAGCAACAUGGCACCCUUUAAACCUGUAAUGCACAUGACCUCCACAGCACAUGUCAAUCGGGUAUUAAAAUCAUGAUUUUCAAAUGCUGGUUAUUUAUCAUGAAAGUAUUUAAUAUAGAACAAUAACAAACAAAAAAAUUACAAAUAAAAUAAAAAGAUUGGCUGUUAGUCAGUAAUGAAACACCUGAACAGAUUUCCCAAAAUCUGGGGGGGGGGGGGAAGAUGAAUAAAAUUAAACCGCUUUAUGUUGAUCAGUUAAAACCACAGCAUUCAAGGGAUGUGCUGUUAUUAAAGCAGGAUUGAUACAGUACUUGUACUGUAUUUUAGGUGUUUUCAUGUGUAUUUUUACCAUUCAUAAGUAAGUUCAAUGUUCUGAGAAAUAAGGACCACCUUCACGUUCUGCCCCUCUGAGAGGUAGAUUAUUUGCCAACCCUGUAUGUAUUUUCUAUGUAUGUAUUUUUACCCCAGUAAACACUUAGAGCUAGAGGAACAAUGGCAGCUGAUGAACGGGAGGGUUCAAUCAGUGCUGCACUACACAAAUCCUGCACAUCCUUUUUCUGUAGGGGACUGCAGGGUUCAGAGGUCAGAAUACUCCUGUCUAGAUGACCGUAGUGGUGAUUAUGAGACCCCAUUGCUGUGAAUUCUGCUUGUGUGUUUGAAUCAUCCACUCCCCAAACCCCACCUGCAGAACACCAAAACCACUCCCUACCUGACCAUGAUUAAGCCUGUGAAAAGAUCUGGGCUGUUUUUAAUAAAACAUUUUAUAUGAAA